CCCCAACCCACCUCCGCCUUCUUCCCUCCUCCCCCGCACCGCACCUCAUCGCCUCGUCUCCACCUCCAAAAGUCGCAGCCGUCUCCGCGGGGUUUUUGCGGGGGGUCGGUUGGCGUCUUGCGGUGCUGGUGGAGGGCCGUUAGGCGGUCGCCGGGCGGGCUUUCCUUCCUUCCUCUGCCUUUUGAGGUUUAUCUCGGGAGGUUUGGGGUUUUAGCCGGAGCGCGCGCGGUGGCGGAGUCAUCAAAUGCGAGUGGAGUGAUGUGGGCCAUGGAGGACGAGAUGUUCGUGCUGGUGAGGCGCACGGAGCACGUCGAGGUCACCUCCCGGGCGGUGGAGGUGGCGCCGGCCAGGGAGAGCGCCGCGCCGGGGCCGACGACCAUCCGGGUGUUCUGCGACGACUACGACGCCACGGACUCGUCCGGCGACGACGACGACGCGGGGGCCGCCGCCGCCGCCGCGCGCCGGAGGGUUAAGCGCUACGUGCAGGAGAUCCGCCUGGAGCGGGCGGUGAAGGAGGCGCCGCCCGCCAGGGCCACCGCGGCGUCCCCGGCGCCCGCGGCCACGGCGAGGGUGAAGCUGGUCCUCCUCGGCCGGAAGAGGAAGGCCGACGGCGCCGGCGCCGCGGAGCCGCGGUUCCGCGGCGUGCGGCGGCGGCCCUGGGGCAAGUACGCGGCGGAGAUCCGCGACCCGUGGCGGCGGGUGCGAGUGUGGCUCGGCACCUUCGACACCGCCGAGGAGGCCGCCAAGGUGUACGACUCGGCGGCCAUCCAGCUGCGCGGGCCCGACGCCACCACCAACUUCGAGCAGGUCGACGACGCCGCCCUCGCCGUCCCUGCAGAGGUCGCUGAGCGCCUCCCACAGCCGCCGUCCAAGAACGCGUCCUCGUCCGCCACCUCCUACGACUCCGGCGAGGAGUCCCACGCGGCAGCGGCGUCCCCGACCUCCGUGCUCCGCUCAUUCCCGCCGUCCGCGGUCGCCGACGACACCUGCAGCAAGAAGCCGGCGCCGGCUUCCGCGGCGCCAGCACCACUGCCCGCCUCCCGCGCCCCGGAGACCAACGAGUCCGGCGGCGUGUUCGGCUGCCCCUUCGCCGGCGAGUUCCCUCCCCUCUACACCGAGUUCGACCUCCUUGCCGACUUCCCGGAGCCGUCGCUGGACUUCCUCGCCGACAUCCCCGAGGAGCCACUGUCCUUGCCGUCCUUCUCCGCCGCCACCGCCACCACCAGCGAGUCCUCGUCGGAGCCGCCGUCGCCGGCGAGGUGGCAGCAGGUGGACGACUUCUUCCAAGACAUCACCGACCUGUUCCAAAUCGACCCGCUGCCCGUCGUCUAGCUAGCGCUCCACCAACUGUAAACACCGGGCUUAGCGCAGCAGCUGCUAAUCCGGCCAAUUUUGUUUGCAUUCCGUCGUUUUCUUUCUCUUUAGUAUUUUUCUAGUAGCGUGAGAAGAAGCAGCUUGUUCGGCAGGGCGGCGUAGCUGCUGCCACUGCCACCCCCGCCGAGGAGGAAGACGAGGCCUUGGACGGGGCGAGUUGCGAGAGACCGAGAGAGAGAGAUGUGUGUGGUGGUGGGAUGGGAAUGGGAUCUUCCGCCAUUGAUGGUCCUGUGUCCUGCGACUGUGACCAUCAUCAAGUUAUCAUCAGUAAUUAGAGAGAAAUUAAGCUAUGAGUAAUUAGCGA